CUCCACAACAGCUAAAAAACAAGUAAAAGCCCUUUUCCCCUUCACUAAGCAAAAAAUUGACAAAUUCUAUACAAAACAACACACAUUUUUCUCCUCUCACCGGGAAAAAACAAAAACAUUUGCCCAAUAAACCUCCGUUUUAUAUCUGAUUCAAACUCUCACAAUUGUCACUUCGAUCCAUCGAUUUUUUGAUUCAUACAUUUUUCUUCUUCAUUUUCUUUUUUCUUCUUUUGUUGGUUUAUAAUGGAGGAUUACGGGAGCAGCGAUGAAGAUAUAUAUUCAUCUGAUCAAGACGACUCUUUUGAUGGACUUGAGAAUGAUGAGACCGAUUCUCAAUGGGGCUCAUCCACAGGAAAUUCCUGCAAGGUGAUUACAAAGGAGUCUCUCUUGGUGGCACAGAGGGAAGAUUUGAAGAGAGUGAUGGAAAUGCUCUCCCUAAGAGAACACCAUGCAAGAACCUUGCUCAUUCACUACCGUUGGGAUGUCGUUAGGUUGCUUGCUAUUCUUGUUGAAAAGGGAAGAAGUUGCUUAUUUACUGAAGCAGGGGUACCUGAUGUUGAUGAAGUUGAUUUUGGCUCAUCUGUGUCUUCUUUGACUGUGACGUGCGAUAUAUGCAUAGAAGAGGUAGCAGGGAGUGUGGUCACUAAAAUGGACUGUGGUCACUGCUUCUGCAAUGACUGUUGGACAGAGCAUUUCAUUGUGAAAAUAAAGGAGGGGCAAAGUAAGAGAAUAAGGUGCAUGGCUCAUAAAUGCUUUGCUAUUUGCGACGAAGCUGUUAUCAGAAAGCUAGUUAGUAAAAGGCAUCCUGAUUUGGCAGAGAAAUUUGAUCGGUUUCUCCUUGAAUCAUACAUUGAGGACAAUAAAAUGGUGAAAUGGUGUCCAAGUAUCCCUCAUUGUGGGAAUGCUAUACGGGUAGAGACUGAUGAAUUUUGUGAAGUAGAAUGUUCAUGUGGUUUACAGUUCUGUUUCUGUUGCUUAUCAGAAGCACAUUCACCUUGUUCUUGCUUGAUGUGGGAACUUUGGGCCAAGAAGUGCCGAGACGAAUCAGAGACAGUUAAUUGGAUUACAGUUCACACUAAGCCUUGUCCAAAGUGUCACAAACCUGUUGAGAAGAACGGAGGUUGCAACUUAGUUAGCUGCAUUUGUGGGCAAGCAUUUUGUUGGCUAUGUGGUGGAGCUACUGGCCGAGAUCAUACUUGGUCAAGUAUCGCUGGUCACAGCUGUGGUCGUUAUAAAGAAGAUCAAGAGAAGAAGUCUGAACGGGCUAAGCGUGAUCUCUAUCGCUACAUGCAUUAUCACAAUCGUUAUAAAGCUCAUACGGAUUCUUUUACACAGGAGUCUCGUCUGAGGGAGACUAUAAAAGAAAAGGUGGCAAAACUGGAAUCAAAGGAUUCAAGAUUGAGAGAUUUUAGUUGGGUAACAAAUGGACUUUACAGGCUUUUCAGAUCAAGACGGGCUCUCUCGUUUUCAUACCCAUUUGCGUUUUAUAUGUUUGGUGAUGACUUAUUUAAAGAUGAAAUGACAAAAGAGGAAAAGGAAAUAAAACAGCAUUUAUUUGAGGACCAGCAGCAACAGCUUGAGGAAAAUGUUGAAAAGUUAUCAAAAGCUUUUGAGGAGCCGUUUGAUGAAUACGAAGAGGCACAGAUUAUGGAAAUGAGGAUGCAAGUCUUGAAUCUCUCUGUGGUAACUGAUACACUAUGUAAGAAGAUGUAUGAAUGCAUCGAGAAUGAUUUAUUGGGAGCUCUACAGUUCAGUAGUCAUAAUAUAGCUCCAUACCAGUCAAAGGGCAUUGAGAGAGCAACAGAGCUUAAUGGAGGCCGGAGCACCAAAGGAAACAACAAUCAAAAAGCUCAGGACCAGACAAAUGGAGGUUCCAUAGAAUUGGUUCAGCCAUCAGGUUCAGGGACUUCAGAUGAGAGUGGAUGUUCCUCAAGGAAGCGUGCAAGAAAGGAUUCUGGUGGGGGCUUUUUCGAUCUAAACUUGCCUGCUGAGCUCAUUGAUAGGAAUUGACUCUUAUUUAGUUGCUGAUUAUUUUGAUAUAACUGUACAGCUCUGAAAAAUAGAAACAAAGCUACUCUCAGAGAUAUGAGAUGAUAGUUCAAUGGGUGACGCAUUUCAUUGCGUCAUCCUCUUUUGUUCUUGAAAAUUUUUUAGAUGCCUAUUAGAGGACAAGAAUUACCUUAAAAGGUCCUUAGUUUUUGUCCAGAUUUCAAAUGUAUAGCCUCUAUUUGGCUUGUUUGGGGUAGGUAGUUAUGUAUUUUUUUACUGGCCUGCCAGACCCUCCUGUGAGCUCCUCUCGUUGUGCACUUGGCAAAAUGGGCAUUGCUCCCCUGGAACUUUGGUUUCAAGUCAAUUAUGGAAACCUAUUUGGUGAAAUUUCUACA